CGUCCAUGUACAUUCCAUCAGUACAAUCUCGAUACGCCGCGGGCAUGGUAGAUCAGCAUGCAGCUUCUACUGGGCGCUCGGAGCCCUGGCUUCCUCCGAGGUCUCUCUUUAGUCGCGAGUCUGACGGACCCUUGCAAUCUUCCUUUCAGUUUCGCUCCUCCGAGUCGGCGGUGCUCCGUUCACACUGCCUGUCCCCGGACCUCCCAUUCUUUGAAACUGCUGGUGGUGUUGUCUAAAAUUUCAGUCACCCACCGUUCCUCUCGUUUCUGAAUCCCCGUCCUUCUUUGCCACACCUCCAUAAAGAUGUCGAUGCAUGCACCCACCCUUUGGGCGAGGCUCUUCAGCCAAACAGCCCGGAGUAACUGGAUCUGGGUGCAGUUCGUGAACUACUCUCGGUCGCACGUUAUGUCCGUAUUGGAAGCUGGGAUCGUGCGCGGUCAACUCUUAAUCGAGGACCACGAAGGCAAACAUGUCUACGGCGAGUCCGACUGUAAGCGCCCGGUCACGAUGACCAUCCGCUCCGACGACGUUUGGGCGCGGAUUGUCCUGUCUCUGGACAUGGGUCUAUCGGAGGCGUACAUGAGCGGAGACUUCGAUGUCUCCAGCCUGAAAGACAUGUUUGAUCUGUGGAUUGACAAUCGACACACCUUGAGAGGCCUCACAACUCUCCUUAACACCAUCACAGCCUACAUGUCUGCCUUCGCUAUUUUCGCCCUGGGGAAGCAGAAACCAUCAAUGGCACUGAAGAACGUGCAAGAGGCAUACGACACUAGCAACGAGUUCUUCCAGUGCUUUCUCAGCUCCGAGAUGAUGUACUCCUGCGCCAUGUGGAGCGACGCCGACGGCGGUAUCCGGGGCGACCUGACCGCAAGGGGCUCGCAGCCAGACGAUCUACACAACGCGCAGAUACGCAAGAUCCACCAUAUCCUCAACAACGCGCGCGUCAAGCCGGGUUACCGUCUCCUCGAGAUCGGGACGGGCUGGGGCGCGAUGUCGAUCGAAGCCGCGAAGCUCGGCGCCACCGUCGACACGGUCACGCUCUCCAUCCAGCAGAAGGUGAUGACAGAGAAACGCGCCGCGGAGGCUGGCGUCGCGGACCGCGUGCGCGUGCACCUCCUGGACUACCGCCAGCUGCCGGAGGACUUCAAAGGCCAGUUUGACUCAUUCGUGAGCUGCGAGAUGGUGGAGGCCGUCGGGCUGCGCGACCACCCGACGUACUUCAAGGUGAUCGACUGGGCGCUGAAGCCCGAUCGUGGCGCUGCCUGCAUCACUGCCACUGCCAUGCCCGAGUUCCGCUACACAACGCUGCAGCCGGACGAUUUUGCACGUCACUAUCACUGGCCGAACACGUUCCUCCCGAAUGCAACGUACUUCCCUCAGGCCGCUCAGCAGGCUGUUCCCGGCCGUCUGAUUCUUCACAGCGUCGAAGACCAUGCGAUGCAUUACCCUCGUACGCUCCGGGAGUGGGGGUACCGUUUGGAGAAGAACUUCGAGGGCGAGGUCGUCGAAAACCUUAUCAAGGAACACCCGCAGCUGGCUGACCCGAAGAGCCUCGAGGCGUUCCGCCGCAAGUGGUUCUACAUGUUUGACUAUGCCGCUGCGGGAUACGCGAAGGCGUAUACUGCCUUGAAUUGCUGGACUUUUGCGCGACCGGAGUACCCAGUUGAUUGCUGCGACUGAAAAGUCAGCGGUAACGCAUAGCGGCUCUCUGCAGGCGCUGUGGGCAAUGUCUUGACCUUUCAGGUACAAUUGACAUCCCCGCUCUGUAGCCGUGUCUCGCCGACACACCUUGGACAUUUGGAGCUCGAGAAGCGAUUUCAUACCUUCCUUUCACAACCAUCUAGCUCAGAACAUUCACCUUUUCAACAGUCAUUCGUUCUCGCCCGAAAUAUGUUUACUUGUAACCUUAACAUGUGCGCCAUUCUACCUUACUGUAUCGUUGUCUUCGCACUCGUUGUUCUGCUUUGUCUUGAAUAUUGUACUGUGUUGUCUCCGAAUCACAUACCCUGUGUGCCAGUGGGAUUGUGUGGACCUGUUAUGCAUGCAGCGAUCUCAUAGACACUGCGCAGAUAGGCCUCCUGCAGAAAGACAUGAAGGCAUCCGGUGGUUGUCCGGUGGUGACGAGAGCCCGAGGGUC